GUGAGACAGCAUAUUCCAUGACUGCGUAUAUCCUUCAUGGGUUUUGCAAAUGACUAACACCCAUGUGAAUUAAAACAUGUUGGUUCCAUUCAAGAUACUUUUGAAGGAAAAACAGAAAAAAUGUUACUGUGCUGCUUAUUGCUUUUGGUCUUAAUUAGUGUGACAAAUUCUGCCAAACCAUGUGAGAAUGAAUAUGAUUGUCCCAAAGAUUACCAGGAUGUCUACGCAGACAAAACAGUGACUGACAUACCCAAGUCUGUACAGCCAAAUAUAAAAGAGAUUUUUUUUGUACAGACUGCAAUAUCAACUAUCAGAAAGGAUGCCUUUAAGUACAUGCCUCAUUUGGAACGAAUAUUUUUUAUUUUUAAUAUGAUUCAAACAGUUGAGCCUGGAGCCUUUGAUAACCUUAGAAAACUAGUUGAAUUGGAGAUUUCAGGUCAUGAGAAACUGGAGGAUCUAAAAUUUGGAAUCUUCAACAACUUAAGUAGUUUGAAAAAACUUGUCCUUAAAAACAAUAAAAUAAAUCAAGUAGAAAAGGGAAUUUUUGAUGAUCUAGGAAAUUUGGAAGAGCUAUAUUUGAAUGUUAAUCAGCUUCCUACAUUGCCGUCAGGCCUGUUUGAUUCACUUGCUAAUUUAACGGUAUUACACCUUGCCAAAAAUAAAGUAUCUUCUUUACAAAAGCAUGAGUUUAGUAACCUGCCAAAACUGAAAAUCCUUCGCCUCUACGAGAAUGAACUGAGUGAUCUUCCAGAAAAUUUAUUGGACAAUAACCCAGCAUUGACUGAGUUCAGUGUCUCAAACAACAAAAUAAACCAUUGGCCCAAAGAUUUUCUGGCCAAAUCCUUGAAUCUUGAAAAACUCCAUAUGGAUGGGAACAACAUAGAAGAACUUCCAAAUGAGCCAUUUUUUGGAUUGAACAAAAUUAAGCAGCUUAAACUUAGUGGUAAUAAACUCAAAAAGCUCCCGGAUCAACUUACGGAUAACAUGCCCCUUCUUUCUGAAUUUGAUUUGAGCCAGAACACUCUAACCACUCUUCCAACUGGUGUGUUUAAGAACAUGAAAUCCUUAACAAAACUCAUUAUUUCUUCAAACAAAAUACACACUCUUAAAAAGGAGAUGUUUUCGGGUCUUGAAAAAUUAGUUGACUUGAAUUUAGAAAAUAAUUUACUUUCAUCCUUAGAUAAUGAUAUUUUUUCCAUGAUGCCCAAGUUGAAGACUAUUAGACUUGGAAGAAAUCAAUUAACAAACCUACCUUCAGGACUUUUGGGCUCAUUCGUUACACCUAUAACUGGAGUUUACUUAAAGGAUAAUCCUUGGAUAUGUGAUUGCCACCUUGAAAGUCUGUUUAAUUGGAUAAAGAGCAAGAAAAAAAUGGCAAAAGAUGCAGAUAAAUUAGUAUGUGAAAAUCCAAAUCACCUCAAAGGACAAACUAUCACUUCACUGGGGAAGGAUCAAUUAGUUUGUCUAACUACUCAAGCUACAACUAGUUUUAUAACAACUGUUCCCACUAUAAAGAUUCCAACAACCAGCAAGUUGAUCACUACGCGCUAUCCAACUACUUACCCAACUACUAUUCAAGUCAAAAGUACUGCACAUAUAACAACACCUUUUGAAACCACAACCUUGUUACCCACUACUUUGGAAAUCACAACUGAUUCAGUGUCAACACGUCCACUGACCACAACCAAAGACAUUACAACUACACAUCCACAAACGACAGAAGUUACAACACAACAAUUAACAACUAUUUUGUCUACAGUACUUGCCACAACUUUGGCAAAAACUACCACUCCUAUGAUAACAACUGUGGAGACCACAGCCCUUGGGACCACAACACCUGAAAUAACCACUUUAAUACCAUCAACAACAACAGAGUCUACAACACGUGUAAGAGCCUCCACCACAAUUGAAAUCACCACGCCAGAUAUAACCACUUUAAUACCAUCAACAACAACAGAGUCUACAACACCUAUAAGAGCCUCCACCACAAUUGAAAUCACCACGCCGGAUAUAACCACUUUAAUACCAUCAACAACAACAACAGAGUCUACAACACCUGUAAGAGCCUCCACCACAAUUGAAAUCACCACGUCGGAUAUAACCACUUUAAUACCAUCAACAACACCGGAGCCUACAACACCUGUAAAGACCUCGACAACAAUUGAAACCACUAUGUCUGACAUAACCACUUUACUACAAACUACAACAACACUGUCAACGACACCCAUAGAAACCACAACAUAUGAAAUAACUACUUUAAUGCACACUACUACAAUAGAGGCUACAACAUCUGUACAGACCAGCACAGCCAUGGAGACAUCAAGCACUCAAAUUGAUACAACAACUUUAGAAACUACAAGCAUGCUACAAACUACAAUGACAACACAAGGCAUAACAACUGAAGAGUCUACAACAGUUCCAUAUACAUCACUAGGAACCAGUGAAGCACAAACAACAGUAUCCAACAUGACUUCUCCUUGGCAACAAACCACCGUAUUUACUACAUUGGGGAGUACACCCACAAUGACACCUACAGACACUACCUCCCAAACAACAACUAUAUAUGCAUCAACAAUGCUUAUGGUGAAAUCUGUGUCAACAGAAAUUAGUAAAAGCCUGUUGAGUACUGUCCCUUCAGUGGCAACCAUGUUGUGGCCUACAAUUUCAUUUUUAUCCACAGGAACUACCUUGUCAUACAGUGAAGACGAGAAUACUACAAACUUCACAUCACUUGCAGCAAAAUUUGAAGCCUGGGAUAUGUUUUCAGGACAAAAUUUACAUCACUGCAAAAUUUUAUUUGCUUCCUAUCUUGUCCUACUCUGCAUAGAAAUCUGUACCACUGUCUUUUUAGUAACAUUUACGUAUACCCUGCACAAAUCUAUUCGUAGUGUAAGAAUUCCAAAACGUCCUGUGAAACUAGUGUGGAUGUAUAUGAAAAAAGAUAAAACAUAAGGAGAAGCAGAUCACUGCUGAUGCAACUUCCUGCACUUCACACUUAACACGGAAGAGCAGGGAGGCGGAUCAGGAUUCCCUG